AUGAUUAAAUUUCCUGCUAUAUGUGUGCGGGCGUUGACUUGUAUGAUUGGAAUAUUUGACACUGAUCUUGUAACAAUGAGGGCUGCCAAAGGUAAGGGGGCAGCGAAGAUCUCCAAGGAAGCUCUAAAGCCUGUGGAUGAUGGAAGGGUUGGGAAACGGAAGGCUGCUGCCGCAGAUGAUAAGAGUAGCAAACGAAAGGCCAGGAAGGAGAAAAGGGCCAAGAAAGACCCCAACAAACCUAAGAGGCCGCCUAGUGCCUUUUUCGUGUUCCUUGAGGAGUUCAGGAAGGAGUUCAAGAAAGAAAACCCUAAUGUGAAGGGUGUAGCAGCUGUUGGAAAAGCUGGAGGAGACAAGUGGAAAUCCCUGUCUGAUGCAGAAAAAGCUCCAUAUGAAGCCAAGGCUGCAAAAAGGAAGGCCGAGUAUGAAAAGCAGAUGAAAGCCUACAACAAAAAGCAGGAGAGUGGGGCAGAUGAUGGUGAUGAAGAGUCGGAGAGGUCAAGAUCUGAGGUAAAUGAUGAAGAGGACGAGGCUAGUGGGGAGGAGGGGCAGCCCCCAGAAGAGGAGGAAGAAGAGGAGGUGGAGGAUGAGGAAGAGGAGGAUGAUGAAGAUGAUGAUUGA